UUCCCUCAUGUUCCGGGUUAUGAAGACAAACGGUGGUCACAUUUACAUUUGCUUAAAAUACUAACUUUCAAUACGCAAGUACUAUAACGAAAUUUUGUUCAAAUAAAUCAAAAUGAAUGCAUUAGGAGAAGGCAAGCUUUCUGGAGCUCAAAAGGAAGAGCUUAUGGAUCAAGUUAAACAACAAGUAGCAGUUUUAUUGGCCCAAGAAUUACUCCAAAAAAUUACUGACAAAUGUUUCAGGAAGUGCAUCACUAAGCCAGGUACUAGUUUGGAUAAUUCAGAACAAAAAUGCCUUUCUAUGUGUAUGGACAGAUACAUGGAUUCAUUUAGUCUAGUAUCUAGAACAUAUGCUGGUAGACUUCAAAGAGAAAGAGGACAGCUAUAGUUUCCUAUUAUAUAAAUUGAAAGAAAAACACCAUAGAAUGUAAUUUAUUCAAUAUGUUUGUAGCAUUAUAAAUUAUAAAGUUUUAACUGCAAUUUCAUGACUCAUAUGCAGACUUUUGUUUCGCCUUUUUAUUCAACCUUCAUGAUAAAUUUUGAAUGGCUGUAUAUUCAAUAAAAUUGAUUUUUUUUGUUA